ACCAGCAAAAAGAUGUUGAGAGUGGGCCAUUGGCAAGGAUCUCGUCGACUGUGCCUCACGAUCUUGCAUCAGUUCGGCAAGGGCUGGCAAUGCUACCAAGCCGCUCGGCUAUGUUGACAGGUCACCAGGGCCGCGUAGCCCUAGAACCCCAGAAAGAUAGCUCAACUAGCGUUACAAAGGGAAUUUCACCAAAUCUACAUCUUCAAUCUCGGAUUCCCGUCCAAGUCCUAGCGUGGAAAGCCAACAACACCACAAUCAGCCACAAGAGAAUUUCACAGAGUUCUUUUCGGCUCUUGAUCCGCGAUAUGUGUGCGCCAAGUGCAAACGUACUCUCCUGGAACCUGAGCGCUGGACUAUACAUUGCAGUGGCUGCAAGGACGACUGGUACUGCAGCUCUUCCUGCCAGCGUGGAGCUUGGAAGUCACAUUAUAUGAUCUGCAAGAAGACGGAACAACCCCAAUCGACAUUACCGGGAAUUCCGACCGAGGUGCCGGAUAUUGGAGCCCGCUACGAUCCGAAUGACGAAUUCAACGCGGCUUUGAUGCCGUUGAGCGAGAAUGUGCCAUGUAUGAUAUGUGGAGGAAAGCAGGAACAUCAGUCUGAUUGUAUGGCUGCAGACUUCCAAUUCGGACCAGCUCCAGAAUACAAUGAAGCCAUGCUGGAAGAGCUGCGAAGGCGUGUCGAGUAUUUCGACCCAGAACAGUGGCGAGAGCACGGCCAUCGCGAUCUCCUUGACCGCCUGAACACUACCGACCCGCAGCCCAUGAGCGAGGUCUGGCCGGGAUUGAUCGACGUCGUUAAGAACGAAUCAAGCUACGAGAAUGAUGCAUUCCUGCAAGCGGUUCCCGAUCAGGUCCUUCCGCUCAUGUGGGCCUUGCGAACUUCGGAAAAUGUUGGUAUGCAAUUGGUCAACGAGAACGGCGAAAUAUAUGACCCAAGUGAUCUUUUCUGCUCUGAGGGCGGGGAUGAGGGCAGCGCCGAGGCGAUGGAGGGUGUCGAGUUGCCUCCAUAA